GCGCUCUGCGGCCGGGCGGAGAGUGCGGCCCGGCAGAGUAGUCCCGCAGCCGGCUCCUGCCGCUCCGCAACCCCUGUGACAGGAGGAUCGGAGGGAGGAGGAAGGAAGAAGAGGAGGAGGAGGAGAAGAAGAAGGAGGAGGAAAAGGAGGAAGAAGGCAGCAGCCCGCCCGCCUGCCCACCCGCAGCGGGGCAGGCACGUGUGCGCGCAACCCUCGACGGCCGCCCUCCAGCAUGCUGCGUGGAGGCAGAGCGGCGGCCAGGAGCUGAGCGGGGCGGAGCGGAGCGCAGGGCAGCGCAGACUGAGGAGCAGCUCGUCGGGGAGCUCCGUGCGCCCGUCGCACAACAUGGGCGGCUGCAGUCCCCUGUCCGCCGCCGGGCCCCGCGGGGCCGCUGUCCUGGUGCUACUGCUGGGGCGCGUCGCGCUCUGCUCUGCCGUGGAGGAGAAGAAAGUUUGUCAAGGGACAAAUAACAAGUUGACCCAGCUAGGGCACGUGGAAGACCAUUUCACCAGCCUGCAGAGAAUGUACAACAACUGUGAAGUGGUACUGAGUAACCUGGAGAUUACCUAUGUGGAGCAUAAUCGAGAUCUCUCCUUCCUUAAGACCAUACAGGAGGUUGCAGGCUACGUGCUCAUUGCACUUAACAUGGUGGACGUCAUUCCCCUAGAAAAUCUCCAGAUUAUCCGAGGGAAUGUGCUUUAUGACAACUCUUUCGCCCUGGCAGUUUUAUCCAAUUACCACAUGAAUAAAACCCAGGGACUUCGAGAGCUGCCAAUGAAACGACUAUCAGAAAUUCUCAAUGGAGGUGUUAAAAUCAGCAACAACCCCAAACUGUGCAACAUGGACACUGUUCUGUGGAAUGACAUCAUUGACACAAGCAGGAAGCCUCUCACAGUACUUGACUUUGCAAGCAACCUUUCUUCUUGUCCAAAAUGCCAUCCAAACUGCACAGAAGACCACUGCUGGGGUGCUGGUGAACAGAACUGCCAGACUUUAACAAAAGUCAUCUGUGCCCAGCAAUGCUCUGGCCGGUGCAGAGGAAAGGUGCCCAGUGACUGCUGCCACAACCAGUGUGCUGCAGGGUGCACGGGACCUCGUGAGAGCGACUGCCUGGCAUGCCGCAAGUUUCGGGAUGAUGCUACCUGCAAGGACACAUGUCCCCCAUUGGUCCUGUAUAACCCCACCACCUAUCAAAUGGAUGUCAACCCCGAGGGAAAAUACAGUUUUGGAGCCACUUGUGUGAGGGAAUGUCCACACAACUAUGUGGUGACAGAUCACGGCUCCUGCGUUCGUUCAUGCAAUACUGAUACUUAUGAAGUGGAAGAAAAUGGCGUUCGCAAGUGUAAAAAAUGUGAUGGGCUAUGCAGCAAAGUGUGCAAUGGCAUUGGAAUAGGUGAACUUAAAGGGAUCCUAUCCAUAAAUGCCACAAACAUCGACUCCUUCAAAAACUGUACGAAGAUCAAUGGGGAUGUCAGCAUUCUUCCUGUUGCAUUUCUAGGGGAUGCCUUCACAAAGACGCUACCCCUUGACCCUAAGAAACUGGAUGUCUUCAGAACAGUCAAAGAAAUAUCAGGAUUUUUGUUGAUUCAGGCCUGGCCUGAUAAUGCUACUGAUCUCUAUGCUUUUGAAAAUCUGGAGAUUAUCCGAGGCCGAACCAAGCAGCAUGGCCAGUAUUCCCUUGCUGUUGUUAACUUGAAAAUACAGUCCUUGGGGCUGCGCUCCCUCAAGGAAAUAAGUGAUGGAGACAUUGCCAUUAUGAAGAACAAGAACCUCUGCUAUGCUGACACCAUGAACUGGCGCAGCUUGUUUGCUACUCAGAGUCAGAAAACAAAAAUUAUACAGAACAGAAAUAAAAAUGAUUGUACUGCUGACAGGCAUGUGUGUGACCCCUUGUGCUCGGACGUGGGCUGCUGGGGCCCAGGACCCUUCCACUGCUUUUCCUGCAGGUUUUUCAGUCGCCAGAAGGAGUGUGUGAAACAGUGCAACAUCCUGCAAGGGGAGCCACGUGAGUUUGAAAGGGACUCCAAAUGCCUCCCAUGCCAUUCGGAGUGUCUGGUGCAGAACUCCACUGCAUACAACGCAACCUGCACUGGACCUGGCCCAGACCACUGCGUGAAGUGUGCCCAUUUCAUAGAUGGUCCCCACUGUGUGAAGACCUGCCCCGCAGGGGUGCUGGGUGAGAAUGAUACCCUCGUCUGGAAGUAUGCAGAUGCCAAUGCUGUUUGCCAGCUCUGCCAUCCAAACUGUACACGAGGGUGCAAAGGACCAGGUCUUGAAGGAUGUCCAAAUGGCUCCAAAACCCCAUCCAUCGCGGCUGGAGUUGUUGGAGGACUCCUGUGCCUGGUUGUGGUUGGCCUGGGCAUCGGCCUUUACCUGCGGCGACGUCACAUUGUGCGGAAGCGCACCCUGCGCAGGCUGCUGCAAGAGAGGGAGCUUGUCGAACCACUGACACCCAGUGGGGAGGCACCAAACCAGGCCCACCUGAGAAUUUUAAAGGAAACAGAAUUUAAAAAGGUCAAAGUUUUGGGCUCUGGAGCUUUUGGCACUGUUUAUAAGGGACUUUGGAUCCCAGAAGGGGAAAAGGUUAAAAUUCCUGUUGCUAUUAAAGAACUGAGAGAGGCUACAUCGCCAAAAGCCAACAAGGAAAUACUUGAUGAAGCCUAUGUGAUGGCUAGUGUUGACAAUCCUCACGUGUGCCGCUUGCUGGGAAUCUGCCUCACUUCCACUGUGCAGCUCAUCACCCAGCUCAUGCCUUAUGGCUGCCUCCUCGAUUACAUCCGAGAGCACAAGGACAACAUUGGCUCCCAGUACCUUCUCAACUGGUGUGUGCAGAUUGCAAAGGGAAUGAACUACCUGGAGGAACGUCGCCUGGUGCACCGUGACCUUGCUGCCAGGAACGUCCUUGUUAAGACUCCACAACAUGUGAAAAUCACAGACUUUGGGCUGGCAAAGCUGCUUGGGGCAGAUGAGAAGGAGUAUCACGCAGAGGGAGGCAAGGUUCCUAUUAAAUGGAUGGCAUUGGAGUCAAUUUUGCACCGGAUUUAUACUCAUCAAAGUGAUGUCUGGAGUUAUGGUGUGACAGUUUGGGAGCUGAUGACAUUUGGGUCCAAACCUUAUGAUGGGAUCCCCGCAAGUGAAAUCUCCUCUGUCUUGGAGAAGGGCGAACGUUUGCCUCAGCCGCCCAUUUGCACCAUUGAUGUGUACAUGAUCAUGGUCAAAUGCUGGAUGAUCGACGCAGACAGCCGUCCCAAAUUUCGUGAGCUGAUUGCAGAGUUCUCCAAAAUGGCUCGUGACCCUCCCCGCUAUCUUGUUAUACAGGGAGACGAAAGGAUGCACUUGCCUAGCCCUACAGAUUCCAAGUUUUAUCGCACCCUGAUGGAGGAGGAGGACAUGGAAGACAUUGUGGAUGCAGAUGAGUAUCUCGUCCCACACCAGGGCUUUUUCAGCAGCCCCUCUACAUCUCGGACUCCUCUCCUGAGUUCAUUGAGCGCUACUAGCAACAAUUCUGCUACAACCUGCAUUGACAGAAAUGGGCAAGGGCACCCUGUGAGGGAAGACAGCUUUGUCCAGAGGUACAGCUCAGAUCCAACAGGCAAUUUCUUGGAAGAGAGCAUAGAUGAUGGCUUCCUGCCUGCUCCGGAGUAUGUAAACCAGCUGACGCCCAAGAAACCAUCUACUGCCAUGGUCCAGAAUCCAAUCUACAACAACAUCUCUCUCACAGCAAACUCAAAGCUCCCUGUGGACUCAAGCUACCAGAAUUCCCACAGCACAGCCGUGGACAACCCUGAGUAUCUCAACACCAGCCAGUCGCCACUGGCCAAAACAGUCUUCGAGAGCUCUCCUUACUGGAUCCAGUCGGGCAAUCACCAAAUAAAUCUGGACAAUCCUGACUACCAGCAGGACUUUCUACCGAAUGAAACAAAACAUAAUGGUCUCUUGAAAGUUCCUGCAGCAGAAAACCCAGAGUACUUGAGGGUAGCAGCACCAAAAAGUGAAUACAUUGAAGCUUCAGCAUGA